AUGGUGAAGGAGAGCAAGGAAGGGAGCACAAGUCUGUGCUGAAAAAGGUGAAGGAUAAGGCCAAGAAAAUCAAGGAUAAAAUCACCAAGCAUGGCCAUGCCCAUCAACAUCAACAUCAACAUCAAGAUGAUCAUGUUGUCCAUCAUCCUCAACUCCAUGUGUAUGAAAGUGGUGCUAAUAGGAGCACUGAUGUCCCAACUAAGACGGGCACACAAAAUGUCACCAAUGAAGCUCGACCUGUCGGGCUAAGUCCAAUGGCACCCGAACCAAAAGGCCCAUUCGUCAAGGAAGACGAGAAGCCCAUCAAACAUGGUACUACUAAGGAAGCUACAAAGAUGAACAUUGGUCCUCAAAUGGAGGAUCCUCACUCCCCACUUGUGAGCAAGUCUGUGGGGCCAAAUGAGGGUGGAAAAGCCGAAUCAGGAAAGAGUAGGACCCACGAUCAAAUCACCCCACAACAAACCCUAGAAAAAACCGAGCCGGACUCGGUGGGUGGGCAGUCGAUAUCGGAGGUGGUGUCGGAGUAUGCGGAGAAGGUGGCAGAGACACUGAGGCCAGGGGAGGAGGACAGGGCCCUAUCGGAGGUGGUGACGGGGGCCCUUUCCGGGAAAAAGGAGGAAGAGAGUAGGGUGAGGCAGUCAGCUGAGGUGACGGAGCGUCUGGGCCCCAUUGGGGGGAAGAGGGAAGGGGAGGAUGCAGUGGCGGCUGGGGCAGAGAGCUCCGGGGAGGGAGUGGUGGAGAGGGUCAAGGAUGCAGUGGGGUCGUGGCUCGGGAUGAGCGGAGGGGUCCAGACAGCUCAGGAUUCUGCGGCCAAAGGAUCCUACU